UUUCUGUCGUUGAGUCUCCUCCCACUGUUAUUCAACAACAGUCGGUCGGGAACAUUCAUCCUCUUUGCAGCUCGCAGAAUAUUCCAUCGCGACAGGGAUUCAAGAAACGGGAAAACACAUAUACAGUUACAGUUGCAAAUUUAAUUCGAAAAAACAAAUCGCAGCCAUCAUGGUAGCUGCUGGUUGUUCACUAAUCCCGUGGAUCGCUCUGUCUGCCCUACUGGGCUCGGUGGUCUGUGAAGACCCGAACCAGCCUCUCGGUUCUCCCGUCCAGCUCGGUGAGUCCGAACCGGGUGUGAAGAAGAUUCUGGAGUUCACAGAAGAGCGUUACAACCUGGGCUCAAACGCAAUGCAUCGUCGUAAAAUCAGCCGCUUUAUCUCCGUAACCAGACAGAUGCUCAAAGGAAUUCGCUACACAAUUAAAGUAGAAGUCAGUAACACGCAGUGCAAGAAAUCCAGCAUGGUCAGGUCAUGUGACUUCUAUCCUGAGUCACACAAACUCGAGACAGAGCUCUGCAUGUUUGAGGUGUGGGACGUUACCUUGCAGGGCAAUUUGACUCUGCUGAAACAGAACUGCCAGCCUAAAGUUAUAGCACGAACAGAAGAGUUCAUUAACGUGGAUAUUGAAUUUGGCAAUGACACUUUUGAGUUCAUGAGGCUGGUGCUAGAGUUCAAACACUUCUUGAAGAAAUUUAACAAGGUCUAUAGCAGUCGGGAAGAGACAGAACGUCGUGUGGUAAUCUUUUAUGAAAACUUGAAGACGGCUGAGACUCUCCAGUCUCUGGAUCAGGGGUCAGCAGAGUACGGAGUCACCAAGUUCAGCGACUUAACUGUGGAGGAGUUUCAAACUAUGUACCUUAACCCACUACUAAACCAGUGGACCCUUCAUUCACCAAUGAAACCAGCAGCUCCUGCUCAACGUCCCGCCCCUGAUAGCUGGGACUGGCGGGAGCAUGGUGCAGUCAGUUCUGUUAAGAACCAGGGUAUGUGUGGCUCCUGCUGGGCAUUUUCUGUCACAGGAAACAUUGAAGGCCAGUGGUUCCUGAAAAAUGGAAAACUGUUGUCACUGUCUGAACAAGAGCUGGUGGACUGUGAUACUGUAGACCAGGCCUGCAGAGGAGGACUGCCGUCAAACGCUUAUGAAGCAAUUGAGAAACUAGGUGGCCUGGAGACAGAGACUGACUACACCUACACUGGACACAAGCAGAGCUGCAGCUUUGUCAACAGGAAAGUGGCAGCUUAUAUCAACAGCUCUGUGGAACUAUCCAAAGAUGAGAAAGAGAUUGCAGCUUGGCUUGCUGAAAACGGCCCGGUCUCUGUUGCACUGAACGCCUUUGCAAUGCAGUUCUACAAGAAAGGUGUGUCUCACCCCUUGAAGAUCUUCUGCAACCCGUGGAUGAUCGACCACGCUGUGCUGAUGGUGGGAUACGGGGAAAGUAAAGGCAUUCCAUUCUGGGCCAUUAAAAACAGCUGGGGAGAGGACUAUGGAGAGGGGGGAUACUACUAUCUGUACAGAGGCUCUAAUGCCUGCGGGAUAAACAAGAUGGCCUCAUCUGCUGUGAUCCACUGAGUAGUAUUAUAAUACUCAUUCAAAAAUACAUCCACAUACCUCAUCCGUGGUCAUAAAGACAUUAGAUUCCAAGUGCAAGUGCUGUCAUAGUAACAAACAAACUUGAACGUGAACCUACUGUACAAUACUUUCUCAUUGCUCAAGAACCACCUUCACACCAAGCACAUGGUACCGAACAAACCAGUUCUGAUAAAGCUUUCCAUACUUUGUGUUAUAUAUUAUAUCGCUUACUUGUGUUAAUACUGCAUUGUGUUGAAGGAGGGUGAAAUAUUUUUUAAAAAAAUAAAGUCUUUGUUUGCACAUAAUUUCAUGACUGUAGUGCAAUCUUGUCUAUUGCUGUGUGAUGAGAAGGAAUGAAUGGAGAAUAAAGUGUUUUCUUGUUCUAUACUA